AUGUUCGCAUUGAGAGGCACGGAUAGAUCGAACUACCUCGACUACGUCGCGUCGCGUCUCGCUCGAUCGCACGCUCCUGGUGGAUGGGAAACUCGAGACAGGAUGAGCCAGCCUCAGCGGACAAGCUCGACAUCAGACACUUUGUGUAAGGAGACAUGUGCCGUCUCAAGCAACAGGGCUUACAACUUAUAUCGCUUCAGGGGAAUUUGUCUGCAGACUCUAGAUGGAUGGAAUCUUUCUUGUACCAUUCAUGCCCGUUUCUUGGUGGCGCACUCUUGGUCAGCUCAAGGGGGCUCGUCCAUAAAACGUUCCGAGCCCCUCAUCUUCAACCUAGGCGUUCACCAAGCCGUUGGAAACGUCCGAUAUUCAAUCCUCGAGGCUUGGCCAGAAAAUAAGUUACGCCUUCGUCCCAUCAGCAGCUAUUCUUGUCGCAGCCCCGUCUAUAGACGCAGCUCAGGAAUCGACCUUAUGGGCUCCACACCAAUUGACAGAUCAACCCUGGACCGGCGCGCCAAAAUAACCUUUGAGCGCGACCGAGGUGCCAGCAAGAUCCUCGCAUUUGUACGGAUAGGACAACAGUGCAGAAACGGAGCGAAUUCUGUAGCCAAGCAUUUGUACACCAGACCGGACCAGGAGAUAGUGCCAAAUGACCGACGGUGCCACAAUCCACAACCCACCCGAAUCCACUCGGUUCAGAGCCCCGUCACGGACGCCGGGGCUAGUGUUGUGUUCAAGACGCCGGGCUCAGAAGUCCCCGAGGCGUCCAUGCUGUUUUCGUCCACCUGGAUCGACUCUAGUGCAAGCAUUCCCUCAACUCCGCCCGAGUCAGGGUCCCACACUCGCGGAGCGGCCUCUGCUUUCUUUGUUCUCUGUCCGUCGGAAGAGGACACGGACAAGUUACGGGAACGCGUCCAGACAACCGGCUGCUCCUUGCCCGAUGCAGUCGAGUCUCAAUCGCAAUUGUCAUUCCUCAGCUGCCGUGCCGAGACGGCCCCGGCGUUGGCGAUGACGGAUCCGACAGUGCACAAUGGCUUCGGGAGACGGCAGUGCUCGUACUGCUUCCUUACGGCUUCCGUCUGCAACUUGGGACAUCUGGCUGUCUGGGUCGCUGGGACGUGUGCAUCUCGUCGGGUUUGGGUUUUGGUGAUUCGAAUAUCCAAAUUUGCAGGUGUUGGCAAUGUUUCUGCAGAUGCCAAUGCAACCGUAACUGAGCAUCUCGACGAUCGACAAGGGCAUCAAGCUGAAUGGCCAGUGAUAGAUGGAAGAGUCGGCACAUCAGCCCCCCUCCCAAGCCCUCAAAGCCAAGGCGAGGCAAGGUGCAGGGGAGGGGGAGCAUCAAUUUUCACCUUGCAUCGCUCGACCUGGUUCGUCGAUGGCAUGGGGGGAAAAAUUGAAGGGAAAAAAAUGCUAGCGCAGAAAAAUGGCGCAGAUCUCUGUUCUCUGGGGCCUAGGCUCUUGGUGUCCACUUUGGAUCCAGAGGAGAAGGAAAGACCCCACCUUUCCCAAAUUCCCAAGUCCCCAAGUCCAAAGCCAAGCACCAGCCUGAAGUCGACAUAUCCCUUUGACCAUCUCACGAGACCUCGUAACUCUGCGUCGUACAAUCCGACAUUCCCACCUCACAUGCCUGUCGCUUGGGUGCUCGUCAGCUCACGUACCUUGGACACAGGGUCGCCCAAAAAUUCAUCACGAUCCGCAGCUGUAUUCGUACAUAGACGAACACCGUCACUCUGUCCCACUCGUCGGUAUUUCCCUCGCGCCCAGCUGGCUGCAUCUCAAUUCCCGGUAUGGACCACCACAGCACGAGCAGGGCACCUAGGCCACGCCGCACACCAAAGACCGUCAGCGGCUCCUCCCAGAGUCCCAGAACCUAACGACCACAUCUACGACCAGGGGAAGGGAAAAUUUCAACCCACGGUGCCGCUUCUCUCAGCUCCGCGGCCGCGGUCUUCCGGCCCUGGACCUUGCUUGCUGUUGCGCACGUUGAAUGCCUACGCCUACCGCCCACCAGAGCCCGCGCUCCCGUUCCGCGACGACGCGGCUUGUGCCUACACUUACCAAGCUCUGCUCACCAGCCGUCGCCGGCUUGUCUCCCUCUCCCUGGCGCUAUCCAUACGCAUGAUCAAGAUCAACCCAUCCUGGAGCGCUUGCAGACGGUCGAUUCGAUUUGUACCUACCGCAGCCAACCCCCAUACUAAUUUUUCCUACGCUUAA